UAAUCGAUUGAUUUUGAGAAUUUCGCACAAAACAAUAAUAUUCUUUGGAUGUUUGAAAGUUACAUGCAUAAGCAGUUAUACUGGGGUAUUAUUUAAUCUGUGGCAGUUAGUACUUGAGUUAUCUUGUGUUGAUCUUGAUACACUAUUUAGCUACCUAUAAUUACUAUUUCCUACAAAAUGUAAUAGUUUUGCUUGAGUAGAAAAUAAAAACAUUUGUAAAUAAAGGAAUAGAUGCCUGCGAUGAUUCAUUUCCCCUAUGAGUUCAUCAUUUUAGUAAUCAGUUUUGUCUUAGAUAUCUAGAUUUCAAUAUUAAGUACAAAAUUUGAAACAGCAAUCAUGGGCGAUUUAAUUGAACUCACCACUGUUCCUCAGGCAAAAGUAGCAUUUUAUAAAGUUCCUUCUGGUGGUCUGAAAUUUGAUAUCAAAGGGAGUGAGGGUGCUAUCAUUGCAUUAGCAAAAGAAAUUAAUAUAAACCAUUGUGAUUAUUUGAUAGUGCUGGGACAUUUCUUUAAAUCUUGGAUUCAAAAAUCAUAUAAAGAUGCUGUUGUAGAAAAUACACCAAAUUUAUUAAGUCCUGAUGAGUACAGGAGCUUUUGGAUCUUAUGGGAUUCACAGUCUAUCCGCGUGGGGAAAGCCGGAGAAUCAAAUCCUUUUCUCUGUUAUAAGAAUGUAGUGCAGCCACUUCAUUAUGUAACAUUUGCUGUAAAAGGUGGAAGGACACCCAUUUCUUGGAGAUUUGAAUUGCCGCCUGAAAUACCAAGACCACAGCUGAAAUCACUGUGUGGGGGUGAACCUAGGUGGGUUCCAGUCGGGAACCAACUUCCUCACGGAGCUGUUAUCGGCGGCUAUGAAAAUGGCUCUCUAUAUAUUAUAAGAGCCAAUCAUCAGGGUGCACUGACCCCUGGGAAAUUUGUUCCGUCAGAAGGAUUAGCCUAUAUACCAUGGGGAUCUGUAGCACAUGAAAAAGAGGACUUUGAGGUUUUAGUUGGAUACAAUUAUAUUUGGGUCGCCUCAUCCGAAGCGAAAAUUCCAGUUGGAGCAGUUGUCGGUGGAUUUUCAGAAUAUGAUAUAAGAGAAGUGUUAUACAUUGGCCGUGCAAAACAGGGUGACCAUAUUAUACCAGGAAAGGUACAUCCAUCACACAAAGUGUGUUAUGUGCCGUAUGAAGGCAGAGAAUGCGCUCAUCGUGAAUACGAAAUCCUAGUAUCACUUGAAGUCAACAAUAGAUGUUCCAACAAUAUAUUUUAUCCCCCAGAUAUUAUAAAUACUGGUAAUCCAAGAUCUAUAGAUAGUGAUGAAGAGAUGGAAUAAAAGGGUACAAUGGAAGUAAAAUAUUCAUUUAUUGAACUUCAUAGUUCCAAGUAAAACAUAUUUAUUUAUAUAAUAAAUUGGUAUGGGAUAGUUGUGAUUCCGACAAGGCCCUAAGAUAAUUAAUAAUUUACUAGCUUUUGCCCGCGGCUUCGCCCGCGUUUUUUCCUUCGUCCGCUCAUAACUUUUAUUGGCAACAUAUAUAUAUGUAAUAUAUACAUAUAAUAGCAUAACUCGGGUUAUAUGCAACAUCACGAUGAAAACUAUACUAGAUUUUAAAUUAGACCAUUCGCUAUACGCUAUAAAACCGCAUUAAACUCCAUCUAGUAGUUUUUGCGUGAUACACGAACAAACAUACAGACUGACAGACAAAAAUUCAAAAAAAAAAUUUUUCUAUUUAUCCCUUCAAGACACCCAUAAUUAUUUUUCUUUAAUAUCUCCUAUGUACAGGAAAAGCCCACUUACAGUUUUAUUUUAUGUCAUUUAAUCAUUUAAUACAUCUAUGCUUUAUGUAUAGAUUUCAUGUAAAAUGAUAAUAUACAUAAUUUUUUGUAAAAAUAUAUAUAUGUUUGGUCUAUUAUAAUUAUUUGUUUAAUUACAAAGAUAUGAUAUGAAUAAGAGCAUUUUUAAUAAUACGCACCCAGUUUAUGUAGUCUUUUGUAUUUAUAAUUACGUAGCUAUAGCUAUAAGUAUAUUUAAAUUUUGAGAAAACAAAGAAUAAGUACAAAAUCACCAAAUCAUAAAUACAUAAAUAAAAUAAAUAUACCUAUAUACUUAACGAGUUUACUUAUGGUUGACUACUGGAUAUUAGACAUUUAACAUCUACUGGUGUAAAUUUUUACUUAAAGUACUUAUCUACUAAUUCCAUGACUUUUACGACUACCCCGUCUAGUGACAAGUAAUCGCAUACACACUCUCAACCAGUGUGCAGGUUUCCUCAUGAUUUUCCUUCACCGGAAGCAAGUGGUGGGCUAUGAAAACUACUAAACAUGAGUCAGAUUGUUAAACAAACUCAUGUGGCAUGAGAUUCGAAACAUACCAUUUCAUUAACAAACUAUAGUAGGUCUAUAGAUCUUGCAUCCACUAAAAGCGCAGCAUAUAUGGUGAUGCAGAGCAAAAAGAACUUUGAUUUGCCAAGGAUAAUAAUUAUUGAUAUGUAUCACAGAUAUAAAAACAUUAUUAAAAUCUGUGAUAUGUAUACACCUCUGAUAUAAUCGUAUACACUUAAAUCUAUGUGUACCAUGGAAUCAGUAGGUACCACGUUGUACGUACUACCUACUAAUUCCAUGAUGUAUACA